AAUGGACGGAGUCGUUAUAUAUCCGCAUCAACAGAUAGCUUGACAGCUAGAAAGUUUGCGUAUUUUUAUGCCAAAAUGCCGGUAAGAAUUGACCCACCGCAACCAUUGAAUGCAGAACAACCAGGCAUUGCAACCUCAUUGUUAUACAACGGUUCAAGGUUUCAAGGACAUCAGAAAAGCAAAGGGAAUUGUUACGACGUUGAAGUUAUUUUACAGAAUGUUGAUAUGAACACAUCCUACCUGUGUGGUUAUUUAAAGAUAAAAGGUCUCACUGAGGAGUAUCCUACCCUAACAACAUUUUUUGAUGGAGAAAUAAUUAGUGAAAAACAUCCGUUUUUAACUCGUAAAUGGGAUGCGGAUGAAGAAGUGGAUAGAAAACAUUGGGGGAAGUUUCUGUCAUUUUACCAGUUUAAAAAUUUUAAUUCCGAUAAAUUUGAUUAUGAAGAUUUAAAAACUACAGACUUUGUAUUUAUGAGAUGGAAGGAACAUUUUCUGGUGCCUGAUCACACAAUUAAGGAUAUAAAUGGUGCAUCGUUUGCCGGGUUUUACUAUAUUUGUUUCCAAAAAUCUACAGCAACUAUAGAAGGGUUCUACUACCAUAGGAGCUCUGAAUGGUACCAGUCUUUAAAUCUUACCCAUGUUCCAGAAAGAAGUAUAUCUGUGUACCAGUUCAGAUGAUGUUAUGUCUUAUUCUCCAGGCUGUGAUAAUAUUAUGUGUAUUACUUUUAUUUAUAUGUGCUACAGUUCACUAGAACGCACUCUUCCAGACAAUUUUAUCCAUGAACUUAUUCGCAUUUGUGAAUCGUUUUGAAAUGUCAAAUGGCAAACAGGUAAAAGGCUUGUAAGAGGCAAAGUCAGUUUCAUUUCUUUACACGUUUUGUUUCGAAAGUUAUCAUUUUUGAAAGAGAAACACCAAAAAAUGGGUUUGAAUUUCACACAUGUUUUAAUCAAUAUGUACAAUUUGUUUUAUGAAAUCCUAAUGCUCUUCACAACAAAAUAUGUCAAGUUUACACUUGUCAUAUUUCAUUGUACAUUUGAAUUGUUUUACACUACACUAUGCUGUUAAAUCAGUAAUUUUUGAGAUGCUUAAAGUAUACUUAAAACUGGAAUUGGUUGUCAUUGUAUAAUAUGAUUUAUAGCCAACUUGUUAGAGAUACAGGUUAUUUGUAAUAGUAAUAACACUUUCACAAGUAUUUAUUUUCAUGAAUACAAUCACUUAAUGAAUAUAGGUAGUAAAAAUGGGAAAAAAUCCCUUGCUAAAAUUUAUGAUUGUACAGCAACUCUUAUAAAGUCGCCUCAAAGGAGCUGCUACCUCUAUGUUAUACCCCAGUCACACAUACGGCGCGGAUAACUACGUCUAGCCACGGAUAGAAACGUAGUAAUCCGUAUCGAUCCGUAACUGAGCCGUACUUUAAAGUAGUAACCCGUAUCAAUCCAUACCAGUCUGUACGACUCAGGUACGGAUCGAUACGGAUUACUACGUUUCUAUCCGUAGCUAAACGUAGCUAUCCGCAUCGUAUGUGUGACUGGUAUAAAGGAGAUAUCUCUUCUAAAUAAGUCCGCCUUUUUAGCUCAAUAGGGAGAUCACUGAUUUACGGAACUCAGGGUCUUGAGUUCAAUCCCCAGGCAGGGCGUAUGUUCUCUGUGAAAAUUUGAUAAAAGAUAAUGCGUCUGAAAUCUUAAUAUUACAGUGUUACCUUAUGUAAUCAGUUUAACACAAAGUUAGAUUGUUAUAGCAACAUAACAAAAACAGAAUUGUCACAUACAUGUAUAUGUACAUUUUUUGUAAAUACUAAAUAUCAACGUAUAAAGUUGAUUUUGAUCAUUAAUCUCACAUUUUGAUGUUUUAUAGACCUUUAAAACUACUCAGGGUUAGAUUUCAGCAAGCUUGAACCAAACAAAUACUACUUUCAUAAAACUUUAUAUAUUAAGCUUACUGGAGCCACAGGCUGGAGCUGAGCUAUUGUGAUUAUCAUUUGUCUGUCUUUUUGUCCAUCUGUUCACAGUUACUAUCUAUGACUUGUUUCUUUUGCAAAUCAUGACCAGUUUUAGUCAGACUGUAUAUGACCACACACUUUCGGAUGUUUGUAUUUAAGAAAUUAAGUCUUGGUCAUGUUUGGUCAAAACUAGGACACAAUGUCAAAUCAUAGAAAAACCUUCAAUGUUUACAAUUCAUAGGCAACAUUUUCUACCAUGGAUGGAACAGAAUCAGAGUUUGUUUGUAGUCUCUUUGGAAUAAAAUAUGACUCAACUGAACUCCAUUGAGACUACUUGCUGUUAAUUAUACCCCCACCAAACAUGUUGGGGGGGGGGGUGUGCUAUAUAGGAGUCAGUUUUGUCGCGUCCCGUCCCGUCACGAAAUUAUUAUCUCAGUUAAUACUAAAUGGAUUUGAUUCAAACUUAAAAUAGAUGUUUCACUUUAUCACCCACAUCCUGUUACUCAAGGUGCAUAACUCUGACACCAACUUUUCAUGAAUUAUGCCCCCUUUUACUUAGAAUUUUAGGUUAAUUUUGAUACAUUUUCACUAUAUCUCAGUUAUUACUAAAUGGAUUUGAUUCAAACUUUAAAUAGGUGUUCCACCUUAUCACCCACAUCAUGUGACACAAGGUGCAUAACUCUGACACCAACUUUUCAUUAAUAAUGCCCCCUUUUACUUAGAAUUUCAGGUUAAUUUUGAUGCAUUUUCACUUUAUAUCAUUCUGAUUGGCUUAGAGCCAAAGGGAAGUAACCUUUUUUUAAGUUUUGCACUGAGUUGCGUCCCCUUAAAUUCCAAGAAUAAGUCUAUUUUUAGAAAUUCUAUUUUUAGAUUUUCAAAAUUUUAGGUAUUUUUCUAAUUUUUUUAUUAUUAGUCCUAUGUAAAAAGUAAAGACAUUUUCUUGUGGUAACAUGUGUCGGUAAGACAUAUUUUUGUAUUCAUAUUUAGUGUAUCUCUAAUAUUAAAGAUUUUUCUGUUUACCUCAUCCCUCAUCCUGGGCACAUAUACUAGUAUUCCUUAUAUGUGCCACAGAAACCCAGGAUGAAGUACUCCAAAGACGAGUAACUAUUUAUUUUUUUUAGUAUUAAGGUUUUUUUUUUACGUUUUAUAUUAUUCUAAGUAUUUUUAAAAUUUCUUAUGGUUGCCAUUCCUCUGUGACAAGACUGUAUGGUGGGGGUAUAAGUCACUCUUGUGACAGUUCUAGUUUAAACAGGACAUUUGAAAGCAUUUCCAAAUAAUUGUAUCAAAAUCACUUUGAUAAGUUGUCCUUAUUCAGAGUCCUAUGGGAAUAGUUGUGAAACAGUAUGCUGUGCUUAGGACUAGAAGACAGCUGAAAAAAUAACUUAUGCACCCCACACUACCCACUUGAAGAAAAGGGGUAAUAUUGUUUUGCUUAUUGUAUGUAGGUAAACCUUUUGGUUUCAGAGCAAUAACUAGACAAAGCUGGGUCUCACAAUGAUCAAAUUUCUUAAGAUUACCCCUAUUUGGGGGUUGGUAGUUUAAAGGUCAAGGUGACAGUGAUUUUGUGACUGAAAAGUCAAUGAAUAGAGGUGCACUGGCCAGCAGUCAUGAAACUAAAUACCAUGAUUGCCUAAGGUCAGUAGAUGACCCUUAUUACUUCUGGGGCCAGUAGGUCAAAGGUCAAGGUCACAUUGACAUUGAGACUGAAAACGGGUUCUUUUCAAUUAUUAAAGAAAAUUUUGGUCUACAAUUCUCAAACUUCAUUGGAUUAUUGCCUGUGGUCAGUAGAUGACCUGUAUUGUUUUGGGAAUCAGUUGGUCAAAGGACAAGGUCAUAGUGAACUUGACAAUGGAAAUAAGACUGACCACCAUAAGGGUGGGGUGGAGGCAUAUGUGUUCUACAAACAGCUCUUUAUUUAUAAUUAAGUUUGAUUAAUAUCAUGUCAUGAAAAUGCUACGCAUUACCUUACUAAGAUUACAUAAUUUAGUCAGAUUGAUUUGUAUUAAUAGCUUGUUGUAGAUUUAUAGCUGUAUAUCUAGGUUAUUAUCCAACAUUCGCAUCAUACAUGUUACAUAGUAUUUUGAUAUGCAGGCUAAUGUAUGUGCAUGAACAUGUUUUUCAUCUGUUAAAACUGAUACCUUAUAGACACAUAUGUGAGGGGUGGUGAAGAAGUUCCAGGAAAAGUUCUUUAUAAUUAAGAAACAUUAAAUCUUGUAUAAUAUGUAUUGAACAGAACUCGAUAAGAAAUUACACAAAGGCUUUGAAUGGUAAAAAGAAAUGGAAUUUUGAGUGCUGGUAACUAUAGUGAUAUUAAUUAUUAUGUAAGUGAACCCUGCACAAUUUCAAUUUUUCAAUUUGCCCAAGUACAAAUAUGUUGUAUUCGUAAAAUAUUUUUUACCUUUCAUUGUAGCUAGACUUCAUUGAUGUUAAUAUGUACCUAGCAUUCUUUAUUAUCUUUGGGUAUUAUUUCUUUGUAAAAUAAAAAUCAUUAGAUUUGUUUCUAUAUGACAACUUACAGAGAAUAAUUCCUGGAAAAUUUGGGCCAUCCCUCUUAUGUUUCAUUAUAUUUCAUUAUACAGGGUCAUAUGUAUACAUGUGUAUGUAAUGCCGUUUUACUCUUAUUUAUGCUUGGCAUCAUAAACAUCUGUGUCACCAUGAGUUUUCAUUCCAUUAAGAUCAUUAAGAAAGAUUCAUACACUGUAAGCAUAAUUUUCCUUUGUGAGGAAUAUUCACAGUUAUGUGUUUUGUUAUUGACUGAUAAUUUAAAAAUGAAAAUAAUGACCAA